AUGGCAUUCCGUUACCUCAUCUCUCUGUGCGCUUUGGUGGCCUAUGCCAAUGCUGGUCUCCUCGCCAGCCAUGUGGCUGUGGCGAAUCCUGCCGUGGAUGCCGUGGCCUCCACUCAUCAGAAUGUGGUACGCUCCUUUGACGGCACCGUCUCCAGCUACUCGAAGGCUGUGGAUACGCCGUACUCCAGCGUACGCAAGUCGGACACUCGCAUCCAGAACAAUGUGUACACUCCGGCUAUUGCUAAGGCUACUUAUGCCGCUCCAUUGUACACUCAGGCCACGCCCAUUGUCCAGAAGGCUGUAUAUGCUGCUCCAGCUCCAGUUCUGACCAAGACCGUGUCGUAUGCUGCUCCAGCUGUGACCUACGCUGCACAUGCUCCAGUUGUGGCCAAGACUGUCUACUCUGCUCCUGCUCCAGUUCUGGCCAAGACCGUGUCGUAUGCUGCUCCAGCUGUGACCUACGCUGCACAUGCUCCAGUUGUUGCCAAGACCGUCUACUCUGCUCCCGCUCCCGUGCUGACCAAGACCUAUGCCGCUCCAGCUGUUGCCUAUGCUGCUCCUGCUCCCGUUCUGGCCAAGACCGUGUCGUAUGCUGCUCCUCUGGCCACCACCAAUGUGAACCAUGGUCCAGCUGCCACCACCUACACCCACAAUGCACCUGCCCUCGGCGUCUCCAGCUAUGGCAGCUCCCAGACCGUUCACUACUCCCCCGCUGCGAGUGUUUCGCACAUGAGCUUCGAUGGCUUUGGCACCCACUGGGGUUUCUAAGGAGAUCGACUUGAGAUUGUUACAGCUUCUUGUUAAUGUUGUUGGUUCAUAAUAAAAUUCACAUUUGUUGCAAGCA